AUGGGCAGCGCUAUCACUCACAAGUAUCGCAUUGGCGUUGAUGUAGGGGGAACGAACACAGAUGCUGCUCUCAUCUCCCUCGACCCAAUCUCCGUCAUUGCCUCCCACAAAGCGCCGACGACACCGGAUGUUACAACUGGCAUCACAAAGGCCGUUCAAGCAGUUAUCCACCAAUCAAACAUAUCGCUCUCUUCUAUCGGAUGUGUGAUUGUCGGUACGACUCAUUUUGUAAAUGCUGUUGUUCAACGUGCGCCUUCAUUAAGACGCGUCGCAGUCAUAAGACUAUGUGGCGGUGCAGAAGAGGGAUUCGGCCGGGGCAUCCGUCCCUUCAUCGACUUUCCUUCGGAUCUUCGCGCCUGUAUUGACUCGUCUCAGAUAUUUUUCUGCAAUGGAGGAUAUCAAAUUUCGGGAACAGAGAUCAGUCCGUUGGAUGAGAUGGAGAUCAAACGUAUAGCCGUCGAUCUGGUAAAUAAAAAUGUCUAUAAUGUUGUGAUUUCGGGGAUGUAUUCUCCAUUGAACAACACCCAGGAGAUCAGAGCUGGUGAAAUCUUGCUGAAUGCCAUGGCUAAAGUCGGACAAUCAAAGCCCCGAGUCACACUUUCCCACAAAGUAUCUGGUCUCGGGUUUCUCGCACGAGAAAAUGCAGCUAUCCUAAAUUCCACCUUACGCCCAUUGGCUGAGAAGACCAUCUAUGGCUUUCAGAAGGCAAUGCAAGACAUUUUCCAAGGGAGUCGGUAUACACUUUACUUGACGCAGAAUGAUGGAAGUGUUUUGGGUGCAUCGGAAGCCAUUGAACUCCCUAUUCGGACGUUCAAUUCCGGUCCGACGAAUUCAAUUCGUGGUGGCGAGCUUCUUUGGAGGGCUGCAUCCGAUGUGGACGGAAUCAAGCAGCACAAACGGACCGAGCCCUUAGUUGUCAUUGAUAUCGGGGGAACAACAUCCGACAGUGGACUGUUGCUUCCAAACGGUCUACCUCAAAUGAGCUCUGUCAUGAGUCUAGUUGGUGGAGUCCGUACAAACUUUGCUCUCCCUGCAGUGGAGAGUAUUGGACUCGGGGGUGGUUCAAUCAUCCGCAUGAAGAAUGGCGAUAUUUCCGUUGGUCCCGACAGCGUGGCCCUAGAGCUUCUUACAAAGGCAACGCUCUUCGGAGGGGAGUAUCUCACCUCCACUGAUAUUGUCGCGGCUUCUGAGAUACACUCGCCCACCGGAAACAACCCUUUCGAAGGUAUGGGUCAACCCGAGCGUCUCAUCGAUGUCACAUCCGAGGUAGUGAGAAAAGCGCAGAUUGUGAUGCGAAAGAAGAUCGAGGAGCUUGUUGAUAGAACAAAAAUUCAAAAGGGCGAUAUUGACGUCUUGAUUGUCGGUGGUGGUGCACCCAUCAUUCAGACCGAUGAGCCACUUGCGGGUGUCCGCAUGGUUCGAACGGUCAAAGGCGGCGAGGUAGCCAAUGCGGUUGGAGCUGCCAUUUCACGCGUUUCGGGUGUUAUUGAUACUGUCGUCGAUACCUCCAAUCAGACAAUCAAGGAGGCUCAAGACGUUGUUGUCGCACUCGCCAUCCAGAAGGCCAUUAAGAAUGGAGCGAGGUCGGAUACCAUACAAGUUGCUGAAAUUACCAUGCUACCCAUUCAAUAUGUGGAUGCUAAAGCUCGUAUUGUUGUUGGAGCGGUAGGAGAGUUGGAUGCAGUUCCUGAGGAACAGUCAUUGAAGGAGAUUAUUAGCGUUACAACCUCAGAGGAUUCGCAAGAACCGGACCUCAAGCCAGACAAUCUGUCAUAUGUCGAGGAACAGGUCGAUUUCCAUGCUUAUCAUCCCGAAGUGAAGGAUAAACAGUGGAUAAUCUCUUCCACGGAUCUCUUAUUCAUUGCCCAGGGGUGUAAGAUUCUUGGCUGCGGCGGGGGCGGCGAUCCCUAUCAGGAAUACCUCAAAGCGAGGGCGACAAUCCGUUCUAGACCUGGAACUGUCAGAGUUGUUUCAAUCAACUAUCUUCCCGAUGAAUCGCUCGUGGGCUGGACAGGGUGCAUGGGAAGCCCAGAGGUCAGCAUGGAGAGGCUGGAGAACGACGAGUGCUUAAAAGCACAUGACGAGCUCAUGCGUGUCACCAAAAGCCCGCCAGUCUCCGGCUUCCUGGCACUGGAAAUUGGGGGCGGAAAUGGAAUUCUUAAUUUGGGUGUUUCAGCGCAUUACGGUGUUCCUUGUUUGGAUGCAGAUUAUAUGGGACGGGCUUAUCCGACGUUCUGGCAAGUCACGCCCAACGUGUACGGCUCUCCUAGCGGCGAGGCCUUGGUCCCGGCCACUAUUGCCAGUGGGGAUGGGACAUUUAUCACCAUGACAAAAUCUCGUACGGACAGGUUGGUUGACAAGGCUUUGAGAGCUGCCUGUGUCGAGAUGGGAUGCCGUGCCGGCAAAGCUGGACCACCGAAAGCUGCGCGAGAUGUGAGGGAACAAGCGAUUUCUGGCACUGUUUCCCUCGCUUGGUGGAUCGGGCGGGCUGUUACUCUGGAGAAAAACAUCAAUGAUAAGGCACAGCGUAUCGUUGAUGAGGUUGGCUCUGAGAGUGCGGCGAUCCUUGGCCAAGGCAAGAUCAUAAGUGUUGAGAGGGUGCUAAAGACUGGACAUACCUAUGGUGUUUUGAAUAUCGACGGGGAAUUGAACGAUGGAACAAAGGCCAAUAUUAAGAUCCCAUUCAAAAAUGAGAAUGCAUUCGUUGAGGCAGUUUCCAAUGGCGAUUCGAGGAUGUUGGCAUCGGUGCCUGAUCUUAUUGCUGUCAUUGAUGCUGAGACCGGUGCUGGACUUGGCACUCCCGAAUAUAAGUAUGGAUUGAAGGUGGUCGUAAUAGCCAUUGCGGCCUCACCUCGCUGGACAGAUACGGAGAGAGGCAUGGAGCUGGGAGGUCCAGAGUCAAUGGGAUUUGGUGAGGUGAAGUAUGUCCCUAUUGGGAGAUACAGCACGCCUCGAAGUGUCAUUGAUGUCUUUGGCUAA